AUGACGAUAGACUGGACCACGGUGAUGACAGCGGAGGUGGUGAGCAUGUUGAAUUAUGAAUCUGUUUUUGAAGUAGAGAUAAUAGCAUUUGCUGAUGUAUUUGCUAUGGGAUUUGAGAAAAAAAGAGCGAUGAAGGAGGACAUCCCCAUUUCCUGCAGUCAGGAAUUGGAGAAAGAAAGAACUCGUCUUAUGGAAGACGUAACUGCAAACAAAAGAAGGAUGAAGGAACUGGAGGAUAAUUUGCUUUACCGCCUGACGAGUACUCAGGGGUCCCUGGUGGAAGAUGAGAGUCUCAUUGUUGUGCUGAGUAACACAAAAAAGACAGCUGAGGAGGUGACACAGAAGCUGGAAAUUUCUGCUGAGACAGAAAUUCAAAUUAACUCAGCCCGGGAGGAGUACAGACCUGUUGCUACCCGGGGCAGUAUCCUUUACUUCCUCAUCACCGAGAUGUGCUUGGUUAAUGAGAUGUAUCAGACUUCGCUCCGCCAGUUUCUGGGCUUGUUUGACCUUUCCUUAGCCAGGUCUGUCAAGAGCCCAGUUACAAGCAAGAGGAUUGGUAAUAUUAUUGAGCACAUGACCUAUGAGGUUUAUAAGUAUGCUGCCCGGGGGCUGUAUGAGGAGCACAAAUUCCUCUUCACCUUAUUGCUUACCCUGAAGAUCGACAUCCAGAGGAACCGAGUCAAGCACGAAGAGUUUCUCACUCUUAUUAAAGGUGGUGCCUCAUUGGACCUUAAAGCCUGUCCUCCUAAACCAUCGAAAUGGAUCCUGGACAUGACCUGGCUGAAUUUGGUGGAACUCAGCAAACUUAGACAGUUUUUGGAUGUCCUUGAUCAGAUAUCAAGAAAUGAGAAAAUGUGGAAAAUUUGGUUUGAUAAGGAAAACCCUGAGGAGGAACCUUUUCCAAAUGCCUAUGAUAAAUCUCUUGAUUGCUUUAGACGUCUUCUCCUUAUUAGGUCCUGGUGUCCUGACAGAACCAUUGCACAGGCCCGCAAGUACAUCAUGGACUCUAUGGGAGAAAACUAUGCAGAAGGGGUUAUUCUGGACUUGGAAAAGACAUGGGAGGAAUCUGAUCCACGGACACCACUCAUCUGCCUCCUGUCUAUGGGUUCAGACCCCACAGAUUCCAUCAUCGCCUUGGGGAAGAGAUUAAAAAUAGAAACCCGUUUUGUGUCCAUGGGCCAGGGCCAGGAGGUCCAUGCUCGGAAGCUCCUGCAGCAGACCAUGGCAAACGGAGGUUGGGCACUUCUGCAGAACUGCCAUCUGGGACUAGACUUCAUGGAAGAGCUGAUGGACAUAAUUACAGAAACUGAGGUUGUACAUGAUGCCUUCCGCCUGUGGAUGACCACCGAGGUUCAUAAGCAAUUUCCCAUUACACUCCUUCAGAUGUCCAUUAAAUUUACCAAUGAGCCCCCACAGGGCCUCCGGGCAGGACUGAAAAGAAUGUAUGGAGGAGUGAGCCAAGACCUGCUGGAUGUGGGCGCCGGGGCCCAGUGGAAGCCCAUGCUCUACGCCGUGGCUUUCCUGCAUUCCACGGUCCAGGAGAGGCGCAAGUUUGGUCCCCUGGGGUGGAAUAUCCCCUAUGAAUUUAAUCAAGCAGACUUUAAUGCCACUGUGCAGUUCAUCCAGAACCACUUAGAUGACAUGGACAUCAAAAAGGGCGUCUCCUGGACCACGGUCCGCUACAUGAUAGGAGAGAUUCAGUAUGGAGGUCGGGUCACUGAUGACUAUGAUAAGAGAUUGCUGAACACAUUUGCUAACGUUUGGUUCAGUGAAAAUAUGUUUGGGCCAGAUUUCAGCUUUUACCAAGGAUACCAUAUUCCAAAAUGCAGCACAGUGGAUAACUACCUGCAAUAUAUCCAGGGCUUGCCCGCCUACGACAGCCCCGAGGUGUUUGGGCUACACCCCAAUGCCGACAUCACCUACCAGAGCAAGCUGGCCAAGGACGUGCUGGACACCAUCCUGGGGAUCCAACCCAAGGACAGCUCUGGCGGAGGGGAUGAGACCCGUGAGGCAGUGGUGGCCCGGCUGGCCGAUGAUAUGCUGGAGAAGCUGCCCCCGGACUACUGCCCGUUUGAAGUGAAAGAGAGGCUGCAGAUGAUGGGGCCCUUCCAGCCUAUGAACAUUUUCCUCCGGCAGGAGGUAGACAGAAUGCAAAGGGUACUCAGCCUUGUCCGUAGCACCCUGACCGAACUAAAACUUGCUAUUGAUGGUACCAUUAUAAUGAGUGAAAAUCUACGAGAUGCAUUGGAUUGCAUGUUCAAUGCCAGAAUCCCUGCUUGGUGGAAAAAAGUUUCUUGGGUUUCAAGUACGCUGGGUUUCUGGUUUACUGAACUUAUAGAAAGAAAUUGCCAGUUUACCUCUUGGGUUUUCAACGGGCGACCCCACUGUUUUUGGAUGACAGGCUUUUUUAACCCCCAAGGAUUUUUAACUGCAAUGCGACAGGAAAUAACUCGGGCCAACAAAGGCUGGGCUCUGGAUAAUAUGGUGCUUUGCAAUGAAGUCACCAAGUGGAUGAAGGAUGACAUUUCAGCCCCUCCCACAGAAGGCGUCUAUGUCUAUGGCUUAUACCUGGAAGGUGCUAGCUGGGACAAGAGGAACAUGAAACUCAUUGAAUCAAAGCCAAAAGUGCUCUUUGAGUUGAUGCCUGUCAUAAGGAUUUAUGCAGAAAACAACACUUUAAGAGAUCCUCGGUUUUACUCCUGCCCCAUCUACAAGAAGCCAGUUCGAACAGACUUGAACUACAUCUCAGCUGUGGACCUCAGGACAGCCCAGGCCCCUGAACACUGGGUGCUCCGUGGGGUGGCUCUUCUCUGUGAUGUCAAGUAACGUGGGAAGUGUCCUCCACCCAAUACUUUGAAAAAUGCAAGAUCCAAAUCGUCGUAAGCUUUAUUCCUCUGUGAAUGCUGGACAGUGAAUGCUGAACAGUGCAUAAAUCAGGUUGCUUGUGGAAGUAAUGAACUGCAAUGGCUCCUCCCGUUCCUUAGUUAGAUGCUUAAUUACAUGUCACCUGUUUUAGUGACCAAUCUCUGUGUUUGCUGAAAAUGUUACCAGUUUAGUGUUGUAAAAGUAGAAUUUAUAACUUCCUAAUGAAGUGCGGCCCUCCAAUCCACAAUGAAUUUUCUUCUUACCUCACUCAGAAGACCAACUAGGUUAAGCAGACAACAUUUCUCUUGAAUGGAUUAUGCUUCUGUGACCAUGGUUUGGUAACAGCCAAGUUCUCUAAGGUAAUGUAGCAAGUUUGUGCUGAUUUUGCUUCAAUUGCCUUUUGCAUUUAGGUUAGGUUAAGAGAUUUAUUCAGAGUUUCAAGCAGCCAACUAAAAAGAAGUUUUAAAGAUGGAAGGGAAUAGAAUAAUGGGUGAAGAAUGUAAAUAGAUAAUUCAUAUAAAACUAUAGAAUAAAUAUAUAGAAUAAUGUUCAAUCUUACUUAUAAUUAAUAAAGAGAUACUAAUGUCUAUUUCUUACAAUAAAAAAUUAAAGCUAAAAGUCAAUCACAGUGUCCUCUCUGUAAAGCCGUGAGACACUCACAAAUUGCUAGAGCGAUAAAUUGGCCUAACCUUUUUGUAAAAUGAUUAAAUUAAAUUAAGCAUAGAAAGAGCCAUAAACAUGUUCCCAUGCUUUGAUCCUUAUUUUCUCUAUACCAAGGAAAUAGUUUAAAAGGCUGACAACAGAUCAUACAUAGAAUUGUAUUUAGUAACAGAAAAAAAAAAAUGCUAAUCCCCUAAAUGUUCAAUAGUAAGACUAUGCUUAAGGAAGUUAGGAGGUAUUAGGAAGCCAUGAAAAACAAUAUUGCAGAUUUCAUAACAUGGAAAUGGUAAGCACACACUAUUAAGUGAAAGAUGUACUUUACGAAAUAUUGAGUAGACUGUGAUUAUAACUGUAAAAUGUAUUUCCAUGUGGACAAAGAUUAGACAACAUGAAAAAGUAAAAACAGGUGUGACAGCAUGGUAAAGGUUAUAGUUGGCUUGAAAAAAUGUAAUGAUUAGAAGAAAAAAGUGGGAAAAUGAUAUAUGUUUUAGAUGGUGUGUGGGAUUUCACAUGGGCUUUUGUUAAUUAGAAAAAUGUCAUCUAAGGAACCUUUCAUAUGUUUUUAUUUUAAAUUCUGGUUGUAGGUUAUAAACGGCUUCAUCUAUAACCUAUUGACUAAAAAACUUGGUUGGUAUUAAAUUAGAAUCGGGGUUUACAAACAUUUGCUUAGCUCUGGAUCUGCAUGACUGCAUGCUUUUCUGUGAUGAAGGCUUUUAUGGGCGGUGGGGGGGAUGGGGAAUGUACGAGGAGACAGGUACGGGUCCCUCUCACUAGGCUCUGUUCUGUGCAACUGGCUUUAUUGUUUUAUUCUAAUUAUAAUGCGAGUUAGCCUAAGUGGUUCCUGUAACUCCAACAUAUCUCAUAUAAUACCGUUUUCAUUUGAGUAGCUUCGUUUGGUGUGGAUUAAUACAGUGUAUUCGUUGAUCUGUGUGAAUUGGGAUAAAACAGUCAUUUUAUUUUGAAGAACAAAUAAUGAAAAUAUGA